AUUUUAAAUGGACAAAACAAAACACAUAGAAUUUAUAAUAACAUUUGUGUAGCACUUCAACUCUUUAUAUGUGUGAUUUCAUUUAGAUCUCACAACAACCAUUCUUGGAAGUUUUUUUUAGUUCUUAUGAUAACCCUGGGAAGGAGGGAGGAAGGAAGGAAGGAAAGAGUGAAGGGUGAAGGAUAAAAAGGAGAAAGGAGAGAAAGGGUAAAGUGAAGGAAUAAAAUUUUAAUGAUAUUCCAUCUGUCAGGCACUGUGGUAAGCAUUUUACACAUUUGCCCUGGUUUGGUCCUUACAGUAACUAGAGGAGAUACAUAAUUGCUGUUAUCUCCACUUGAGGACAGUGAUACAGAAAGGUGAAGUGAUUGGACCAGGGCCGCAGAGUCCAUAAACAAAACUGAGGUUGGUAAGUCAGGAAAUCAAGGUCUUAUCUGACUCCAAGUGUAUAUGGCACCAAACUUCUAGAAUUACCAAGGCAACGAAUUAUGUUGAAAUAAAGGCACAGGAGACCAUUAGUAAGGUGACUCUAUGAUUGGGUCAUAGUGUGUGGGCGUCCUCCCCCGGGGUGGCUGAGGAGUCUGGGUCAGCUGGGCGCCCGGGGGUGGUGGUGAGCCCCCUUCAACCACAGAGACCAUGGGGGGAAGGGAUAUCUUCACUGGAUGGGACUAUUUGGUUUUUGCAUUCCCGCUGGUUUUCUUGGCCAUCGUGGGCAUCUACUUCGCUCUGACUGAACACUAUGAAAGUGAUGAAAACUUCCUCCUGGCAGGGCGACAAAUGACGGGGUAUCCAGUGUCCAUGUCGCUUAUAGUCAGUUUCCUGUCCUCUGUCACCAUGCUGAGCUUGCCUGUCGAGGUGUACCUCUAUGGCGCCAAAUUCUUUAACUUAGUGUUUGGGUACGCUGUAGUGACCUUCAUCUCAGGGGAGCUGUUCCUGCCCCUCUUCUAUCGACUCGACAUCACCAGCACCUAUGAGUACUUAGAACUUCGAUUUAGUAAAAGAGUUCGCCUAGUUGGAUCAUUUCUCUUUAUUAUUCAAAUGUUAAUAUACACUGGAAUUGUUAUUUAUGGUCCUUCUUUUGCUUUGAGUCAAGUCAUAGGAUUUGAACUCUGGACUCAAAUAAUUACAACUGGGAUUCUCUGUACUUUCUACUGCUCAUUGGGAGGUCUCAAAGCUGUUAUAUGGACAGACGCUUUUCAAUUUUUAGUUAUAUUAGCAGGAUUUAUUUCAAUUUUGGCACAGUCCAUAAUAGCUCAAGGUGGACUUUCAACUAUCUUAAACCAUGCUGAUAUCGGAGGAAGAUUAGACGUUUGGGACUUCAAUCCCAGUCCCUUCCAGAACUACACUUUCUGGACGAUUUCACUAGGUGGGGGCUUCACGUGGAUCAGCAUCUAUGGCAUCAACCAUGCCCAAGUGCAGAGAUAUCUGUGUUGUAAAUCCAAGAAUCAUGCAAAAAUGGCCCUUUAUUUAAAUCUUUUGGGACUCUGGACAAUUGUGUGUACUGCAGUGUUGUGUGGAUUGUCAAUGUACUCCAUAUUUCGUGUCUGUGAUCCUUUGACAGCAGAGAGAGUUAAAGAACCAAAUCAGCUCAUCCUAUAUCUAGCAGUGGAUGUUCUAAACGACUAUCCUGGACUUCCUGGUCUUUUUGUGGCAGCUAUUUAUAGUGGAACAUUGAGCACUGUUUCCUCCAGCAUCAAUGCUUUAAGUGUUGUAGCUAUAGAAGAUCUCAUCAAACCUUAUUUAGCACCUUCACAAAGGACUCUUUAUUUAAUUUCUAAAGUAAUAUGCUUGUUCUUUGGAAUACUUUGUGUUGGACUGGCUUCUGUGGCAUCAUUAAUGGGAAGUCUGGUGCAGGCAGCAAUCAAAGUAUUUGGCCUAAUUGGAGGGCCUCUCGUGGGCUUGUUUUUUCUUGGAAUUUUGAAUCCUUAUGCCAAUUCAAAAGGUUCACUUCUUGGUCUUCUUACUGGAUUCAUCACUUUAUUAUGGAUUGGACUUGGGAAGAAACAUUAUGCUGAACAUGAGAGUAAACCAAAAUCGUUAAACCUUUCAAUUGCAAAUUGUAGUUUCGCUAGAAGCACACAUCUGAAUUUUACUAGUUACUCAGAACUGUCAUUGACAGAAAAAUGGCAACCAAGUCACGGAGAUCAUGCACCUCGAGGAGAUCCUGAAAGCCUUCCAGUAGUGCUGAGAUAUGUAUAUUCAAUUUCUGACCUGUAUCUAUCCCCUCUGGGGACAUUAGUAACUUUUCUUGUGGGAUCAUGUAUCAGCGCUCUAACAGGUGGAAUGAACCAGGAUAUAGACAGAAAAUACUUAAUACAUACUUAUGACACAAUGUUUGGUCGUCCUGACUUCAAUAAGGAAGAAAUCAGUAAGCUAAAGGAUGAUGGGAUUCUCCAAGAGGCCCUGAGGCAAAGUACAAUACCGUUGGACCCAAAUGCAGUUGUUCUUGAGACUGGUGAGGAGGGAGAGCAAAAGAAAGGAGAGGACUCAAGUACAAGAAAACUCAGUGUUGCUGAGAACACCCAAGAGGAAACAGAGGUGGUCUCACCUACAAGAAAACUCAGUACUGAUUACAUCGAAGAGGAAGAAGAAUCGGAGGACUCGUCUACAAGAAAACUCAUUAUUGCUGAACAGGAAAAAGAGGAGGAAAAGAAAAGACUGAGUGAAAAUGAGAGCCAGAGUACCCAGGAUAGCAUGCAACAUUAUACAUUACAGGAGGACUGGCUUACAAGAAAACUGAGUGUUGCUGAGAGCACCCAAGAGGAAAAAGAGGAGGACUUGAUUACAAGAAAACUCAGUGCUGUUGAGAGCACCAAACUGGAAGAAGAGGAGGACUCAAGUACAAGAAAACUCAGUGUUGCUGAGAGCACCCAAGAGGAAGCAGAGGAGGACUCGAUUACAAGAAAACUCAGUGCUGUUGAGAGCACCAAACUGGAAGAAGAGGAGGACUCAAGUACAAGAAAACUCAGUGUUGCUGAGAGCACCCAAGAGGAAGCAGAGGAGGACUCAACUUCAAGAAAAUUCAGUGUUGCUAAGAGCACCGAAGAGGAAAAAGAGGAGGACUUAACUACAAGAAAACUCAGUGUUGCUGAGAGUACCCAAGGGGAAGCAGAGGAGGACUUAACUACAAGAAAACUUAGUGUUGCUGAGAGCACCGAAGAGCAAACAGAGGAGGACUCAACUACAAGAAAACUCAGUGUUGCUGAGAGCACCCAAGGGGAAACAGAGGAGGACUCAACUACAAGAAAACUCAGUGUUGCUGAGAGCACCCAAGAGGAAACAGAGGAGGACUCGACUACAAGAAAACUCAGUGUUGCUGAGAGCACCCAAGAGGAAACAGAUGUGAGCAGAACUAACAAAAACAAAAUGGAGGACUUGACUACAAGAAAACUCAGUGUUGCUGAGAGCACCCAAGAGGAAGCAGAGGAGGAAUUGACUACAAGAAAACUCAGUGUUGCUGAGAGCACCCAAGAGGAAACAGAGGAGGACUUGACUACAAGAAAACUCAGUGUUGCUGAGAGCACCCAAGAGGAAGCAGAGGAGGACUCGACCACAAGAAAACUCAGUGUUGCUGAGAGCACCCAAGAGGAAGCAGAGGAGGAAUCGACCACAAGAAAACUCAGUUUUGCUGAGAGCACCCAAGAGGAAGCAGAGGAGGACUCGACUACAAGAAAACUCAGUGUUGCUGAGAGCACCCAAGAGGAAGCAGAGGAGGACUCAAGUACAAGAAAACUCAGUGUUGCUGAGAGCACCCAAGAGGAAAAAGAGGAGGACUCAAGUACAAGAAAACUCACUGUUGCUGAGAGCACCCAAGAGGAAACAGAGGAGGACUCAUCUUCAAGAAAACUCAGUGCUGCUGAGAGUACCCAAGAGGAAAAAGAGGUGAGCAGAAGUAACAGUCACAAAUUGGAGUGUAGGGAGGACACAUUUGGACAAUUAUUCUACAAAGUGGCUACCCAUUCCUUGUCACUGAAUUAUCACUCUACAGAGUUACUAGGAUCAAGAUGAUUCUUGACCUUUCUG